UCGCAGAUCUGCAUCUACUCUACUAUUACUACUACUAGUGAUCUACUAAUAUUGAUCCCCCAAAUAAAAUCAAUAGCAAAGUGUGUCUAUUUAUUAUUAUUAUUGAAUCAAUUGGAAAGUAUAGACACAAUUACCCCAACAAAAAACUAUGCAAAACAAUCAUCAAUCAUCGUCACCAACAAAUAGUAUGCUAAGCAAAGAGGAAAGGGAUGAAUUGGUCAAACAUUUGACACCACUUCAAGUUAGGGUAACUCAGCAUAAAAUUACCGAAAGACCAUUUACUGGUGAAUACCUUAAACUCAAUGAUGACGGCCUAUACUGUUGUGUAGUAUGCGGUGAACCGAUAUUUUCAUCGCAAUCCAAGUACGACAGUGGCUGCGGUUGGCCGGCAUUUGACGGUGUCAUCAAUAACUCAAAAGUCAAACUUAAUAUCGACUUAUCUCAUGUCGGCAGUAAUCUAUUGUUGUUGGCCGUCAAGUCGGACGUGGCCCGAACCGAAGUGUCCUGUGCCCGAUGUGCCAGCCAUUUGGGCCAUGUCUUUGACGACGGACCGGCCAAAACCACUGGCAAACGAUUUUGUAUUAAUUCAUCGGCACUCAAGUUCUUCAAUACGGAUAGUGAUGUCACUGAUAGUGUGCCGCCGCCGAUGAUGACGACGGCAGCCAACAAUGGACAUCAUUUUGAUGAUACAAUUAAUGAGAAAAAUAAGUUGUCGUCUCAAAGAAUCUCAUCACCGAUAAUGACGACGACGACGACGAAGAUAACGCCGGCGCCGCCGAAGACAAUAACAACUAAUAAUAGCAAUAAUAAAAAUUUAAAUAAUAAUAAUAAUAAUAAU